AUGACAAUGAUGGAGCCGGAUAUCCUCUAUUCUCGUUUGUCGAUGAAAGCAUUUAAAACAUUUUUUUAUUUCUUAGGUAAAGGCUUGAGGUGUGAGCGUUAGAGCUUCCAUUUUUACGAACUUUUACCUUCAACCGUUUCCUGUGUGUUACCAUUAUUUUCCUUUGGAAAUCCUAUCAUAUCUGCAAUGUAUUACAUACGCAGAGAGUAGCAGGAGUUCAAGGAUAAUUGAACAUGAUACAAACACGAUGUGUACUGACAUCAGUAGGAGUGGAUAGACAAAACAAAAUAUUCCUUUUGUUAGAUCAGAACACAUGCUACCCUCGAAACGGAACUGCAUGUCCUCUUCCAGCCUUUAUCUCUCUACUGGAUUACUAUGAAAGUGAAACCAGUGAACCUGAGACUGUAACCCCAGAGGAGGAAGCAGGAAACCACAAGUUUCUGGACUGCAUGCUUCGAAUGCCCACCAUGAAGGUAUCAGUUAAAACAUAUGGUGAAUAGGUUGGCAACAAGAAUACUGUAUAUUUAUUUACUCUGGUGAGUAGGAACAUAAGUCAAAUCACAGAUACAUGCGGAAAAAGUUAAAACCAUUUUAAUGUCACAUCAAUUCACAGGGAGAACCAUGGCCAAGUUGGGACCUUACAAGCUAAAGUGAGUCAAUCAACACCCCAUGAUUGAAAUUGUCUCCAUAUGUUUCUAUCAUUUUUAGAUUGCACAUAAGUACCUAGUAGAGAAACAGCUCUCCCCAGAGGUUAUUACCGGAAUUCAAGGAGCAGCUCUACCGUAUCUGGUUUGAGCUGUAUGCCAGACGAGAAGCUAGUAAGUGGGUAAAACUAUCCUCUUAUGUAACUGUUACUUUUCAGAGGUCAAAAUAGUUCUUAAUUAGGCUGCUAAAUGUUUUAUCUUCCCUGGUUAGGGUUAUGUUUGUUCAAUGUGAAAUCCAUUCACAAUUAAAGAAGGCUGUAUUGUCACCUCAGUCUCUCAUUUAUUUUGUCUUGAUGCCAGUCUUUUCAAAUGGCAUACAGUUUGGACUUACAUCUCGAGACUUGGACUGACUCAAGGCUGACUCAAGACACAUAUCUGAUGAAUUGAAACUUGACUUGGCAGGAAAGAAAAUAACUUGAGACUUGACCUGGAGCCUUGAGCCUCGAGACUCGGGACUCGUCUUGAGAUUGAUGUCUCGAAGUGCUUGUUCUGGACUGUUUCUGUACCGCUUUGUCCGAAUUUGAUAGCUUAUCUUACUAUAUGACACAAUGAAAAUGGCCGGCUGCUGUUUCAAUGACUAGACAAAAUAUACUUCUAUAGUCAUCAUUACAUCUAGGGAAAAUAUGACCAAUGACUCGAGCUUGAGACUUUGAAAAAAAAACUUGUGACUCCACAUGACUUGAGAUUACAAUGCACGACCAUGACUUGAGAUUACAAUGCACGACCAUGACUUGAGAUUACAAUGCACGACCAUGACUUGAGAUUACAAUGCACGACCAUGACUUGAGAUUACAAUGCACGACCAUGACUUGACUUGCCCUUAGCUUUUGUGUAUUCCCAGGAGGAGAGUAGUCUAUCAUUUUCAGUAUUAUUUUCACUUAAGCUGUAUGUUAAACCGCAGAUUGUGCUGUAAUGUCAUCGUGUGCAUCACCAAGCAAGUUUUUAUUUUAUUUUAUCAGGAUCUCCAUUAGCUGACGCCAAUGGCGACAGCGAAUCUAAGUGGUGGAUGCGCUUCUAUUACCCUUCAAUAUCAUCCCUUCAGGAAGAGGGUGUAAAACCAGUGGUGUUCUAUGUUCUAUGUUCCAGCCUCAUAAUGUUCUCCCAUGUUCCUCCAGGCCAGACUCCUCAGGGUUUGAGCAUGUCUUUGUCGGAGAGGCCAGAGGGGGCCGCACAGUCAUCGGCUUUCACAACUGGAUCCAGUUGUAUUUGCAAGAGAAGCUGGGAAACAUUGAUUACAAAGGCUACAGUGUGAAUGCAAAUUCUCCCCGGGUUAGAUUAAAAUACUGACAAGAUGAAUGUAUGUUUUGAUUAUCAUGUUGAAUCCGAUGUGUGACUUUGAUGAGUUGACAGUUGACAAUUCCAGAGCAUUCUUUAGAAAUGACGUGAGAUAUACACCGAGUAUACCAAACAUUAGGAACACAUGUUGAGCGUUGCAGUUCUUGACACAAACCGGUGCGCCUGGCACCUACUACCAUACCCCAUUCAAAUGCAUUUAAAUAAUUUGUCUUGCCCAUUCACCCUCUGAAUGGCACACAUACACAACCCGUGUCUCAAUUGUCUCAAGGCCUAAAAAUCCUUCUUUAACCUGUCUCCUCCCCUUCAUCUACGCUGAUUGAAGGGGAUUUAACAAGUGACAUCAAUAAGGGAUCAUGGCUUUCACCUGGUCAUUCUGUCAUGGAAAGAGCAGGUGCUCUUAAUGGUUUGUAUACUCAGUGUAUAUGUCAAACAUACUGAAUGACUCUGUCUCGUGGAUGUAUGUCUUCAUUGUUGUCUCUCUCUUCUCCCUUUUAUGUGAAAACCAGUCUGAUGAGAACAAGCACAUCCUGGCGCUACAGUUCAGUUGGAAGAAUGGAAUAAAACCCAAAGGCAGCAUCUUCGUUGGCAUCAGUCCUGAAUUUGAGUUUGCCCCUUUAUACCCUAAGUUUCCUGGUCUCACCCAAUGAGCGUGUCAAAGUGUUCUUCAGUAUCUAUGAGGUAAACAUCGUCUGUCACCACUAUAACCAGAAGCGUAUCGGCACAACCUACCCUGUUCUUGUGAAGUACCAAAACGAAGAAGAAAACUAA